AUAAUAAUUCACCUUACGUAGUCGACAUCAAACAGUAAAAUCAAUCAGAGCGUCACAAAGUGGGUACACUGAAUAAGUAAAGAGUAUGUAUUAAGGAUUAUUAGACUGAUCACGUCCUUGAAAGGAUUGCUUUGAAUAUUGAAUAUGACUUCUGUUACUGAUUGAAUUUGUGCUACAUUUCCUAAAAUAUUUAGUAUGUGAUGACCUGUUAAUUAAUAACAUCGAAAAUGAUUGUUUUACUAUUUUGAGUUAAGAGAUGUUGAAAUUUUAUUAAUUUUAGAUUUAAAAAUAUGAUAGUAAACAAUUCCUAUGGAAUUUUUUUGUUUUAUUUUUGUUCAAUUAUCCAGUUAAUAAUUCCAUUUGUUUUUGGAACCAAUAACUAUGUAAAAAUGUAUCCAAAAUUGGGAGAAAAUGUAACGUUAAAAUGUGGGAAUGAUUAUACCAAAAAGGCUGAUGUAUCUUGGAAAAUGAAUCACAAGGAAUUGCCUGGACGAGUUUCAAUUUUAACAAAUGGAGACUUAUUUAUAACAAAUGUUGAAAAAUCUGAUUCUGGUACUUAUGUAUGUGAUUUGGGAACAGCAAAUACUUAUGCUGACCAUGUACCAUUAAAUGAAAUUGAAUUAAAAGUCAUUAGUGUACCAAGUCCUUUGGUGGGUGUUAAAGUAAUUCCUUAUACAGUACUUAUACAUAUCUUAUGGAAACCAGUUGAAGAUGAUGGAGGAUUUCCUAUUUCAAAUGUAACUAUAAGAAUCAAAGAGAUUAAUAAUUCCGAUGAUAAGUGGAUAACUGUUUAUUCAAACAUAUCAAGUUUGCAGAAAGAAAUUUAUCAUUUACAAUUUAAUACAUUAUAUAUAGUUGAAAUGUGGGUGGCUAAUAUUGUAGGAAAUAGUGAAAAAACUGUUGUGAUCACAAAAACAUUAAGUGAAUUAUCUGAAAUUGACUUAGAAAAACAUUUAAUGGAGGGAAUUGAUAAGUUUCAUACAAAAGCAUGGAUAUUUGCAGUUGUUGUUAUUAUGACUACCUUUAGCAUUUUUGGAAUUGCAUUUUGCUAUCUUUUACUAAAAGAUCCUAGAACUAAUAAAAGAUUAGAUGAUGUGGAAGAUGUAGAACGUAUUGAAUUAAUCCCAAAUAUUACACUUAAUCCAGGAUAUUGUGAAACAUAGCAAAUAUUUGAAUAUAUUGAUACAGAUCUCUAAACAUCGAUAGAAAUAGAACAAAAAUG